AUGACUCGGCUUCCACUCCCAGUACCAGCCCCAAUCGAUCCCUCAUACCAACCCACAGCAUCCAUAGAAAAGGUCCCUUCCACAACCCCGAUUGAAUACAUUCUCGCAAUCCUCGAACGGGACGGCGGUGUAAUCCUCACAGAUCUUGUUUCGAAGGACGAAUUAUCCGCGAUCGAACAGGACCUCAAACCCUGGAACCAAAAGCACCGGCGUCACCUCAACCCAACUGUUGAUGGCGAUGCAUUUACCACGAUUCCUCCACAGACAACACUUAUCCCAGGGCUAGUUGGGAAAUCCAAAACGAUCGCGCAAAUCUGCGAACACCCUGUUCUCGAACAAUUGCGACAGCAAAUCCUCCGUGAUGACUUUGUUCUAUACCGCGAGGGCAACGCCGAGCCCAAUACGCUUGACCCGUUGCUGAGUCUCAGCGUAUCGAUGAACAUCGGCUACGGAGCCCCGAGGCAGCUCCUGCACCGUGACGAUAACGUUCACAAUAUCCGCCACACGCGGAAUCCAUUUGUCCCAUGGAGCUUCAAGCAGGCGAGCCAGUUUGGGUGUUUAAUCGCCGGGUGUGAGGUGACGAGGGAGAACGGGGGAACAAUGUUCGUCCCGGGAAGUCAUAAAUGGGAUGAUGACCGGUGGGCUCGGGCCGAUGAGGUUUGCUUUGCAGGUAUGUAA